GAUUUGCACCGUUACGGACCACGGGCCCUUUACGAGUAGACUAACACCCACAAAACAAGAGAGGGAAAAAAAAGAGGAGAAAAAAAAAAGAUCAAUCUUAUCCCCACCUUAAAUUCUGCCCCUCCCUCUUCUCUCAUUCCUCCUCCUCUCCUCCGUCCCCACCCCACCCCCCCUUCAUUAAUCCCUCCCUCCCGGCAUCGAAAGGAGCACAGGUUAGGUUCGGUAGACGAAAAAACGAAACGUAACGGAACAACUCCCACCUGGUAUCAUGUCGACACGGCAGGGCCCAAACCCACUACGACCAUAUUACAUCCCCUCACCCCCGAUACCUCCACUCGACUCUUCGGCGCCAACACCAGCACCUCUCCCCACUGCGUCAUACUCGUAUCCACCCGCACCGACAGAUUCGAGAAGCGGUGGUAGCAUACUGGCGGAUUACUCGGAAUACCUCGAGGAUCAAUCCCCGAAAGAAGUUAUCAAAGGAUGGUUCCAGCAAGCUGCAGUACAGUACUCUCUGCAACUAAUUGGUCUGCCGUUCGAGAAUUCCCGGACCUUGUUACAAUGCGGGGCUGUGCCAAAGGGGGCUGGGAAGAGGAUUGUGGAGGAGAACGAGGAGGAUGUCGAUGAUUAUGCAAGCGAUGAUUCGGACCCGCCCUACUUUUCGGAGGACGUUGAGGAGGAGCUGGACAGAGGUGGAGUCCCGCGGAUGCGGGGCGUGCAGAAGCCGCCUAGUGGUAUGACGGGUAGAGCUGGGCACGUUAUCGGUGGGGGUCAGGGGGGCCAGGAAGUGCGGCCGCUGUGGAUGCUCGAGACUGUACAGGGACGGGUGAACACCGUGGGGGAGAUGCUGAGAGCCUUAUGGAGUAAAGAGGGGUAUUCAGGGAUUUGGAAAGGUCAGAACGCAACGUUUGUGUAUAACAUUCUUAUGCGGACGUUGGAAAGUUGGACGGGAUCAUUUCUAUCAGCGGUGCUGUCGCUGCCGGAUCCGGGAAUGGGGGAGAUUGCGGACUCGGCCGAUCCGCUGGCGUCACUGGGUGUAGCUGUUGCAGCGUGCACUGUCACAGCGCUAAUUCUGGCGCCAAUAGAUAUAGUCCGAACAAGACUGGUCAUAACCCCUCCAACCGAGCUUCCCCGCAAUCUCCUCCCAAAUAUCCACCUCCUCCCCUCCUACACCUGUCCACCCAACCUCCUCCUCCCCACAGCUCUCCACGCUGCACUCCCCUCCUUCAUUUCUUUAGGGACCCCACAUUUCCUCCGAAGCCGCUUCGGCAUAGACCCAAUCGGGAACCCGACAACCUUCAGUUUAGUGACCUUCCUAUCCUCCACAGCGGGGCUCAUCGUCCGGCUACCGCUUGAAACCGCCCUCCGACGGGGCCAAGUCGCAGUAACAAAGCCGAAGAAGACUGUCGUUCCUGUGGGAAGAUAUACGGGUGUGUUUGGAACAAUGUGGUCCGUUGCAAAAGAAGAGGAUGGCGGGAGGUAUGGCGUUGAGGGGCUGUAUCGUGGCUGGAGGAUGGGGGUUUGGGCAAACGUGGGAGUUUUGGGGCUGGGGUUGUUCGGUGUUAGGGGGGAACCGGGGGAAUUUUAACUUUUCUUGUCUUGAGCGGUAUAUAUAUUUUCUUUCUUUCCAAAAAAAAGCACCAAUGGAUGGAUGAAUGGCGGAGGCGGAGGAGGAGGCGGAUUGUACGUAUAUUGGAAGGAUGAUUGAGUGUGGUGGUGGGUGAUGUGGUUAUCUUGACUACUUGCUUACACGCAUCUGCGAUGAAUUUAAUUCCCCACUCUUACGG